AGGGGGAUGGGAACCGUGUUCACGCGCAUCGUGAACGCGCACUUAGUCACGUGACCCUCUUCCGCCUAUCGAACCGCGUUAUGUUGGGGGUGAAGCGCGUGCCCGCGAAUAAGCGUUAGAGAGAAAAAAUCUUCACAGACAGAAAAAGAGCGGGAGAGGUAGAAAAGGCAAUCAUGUCUGAAGAGAAACCCAAGGAAGGUGUGAAGACAGAGAAUGACCACAUCAACCUGAAAGUGGCAGGGCAGGAUGGAUCUGUGGUUCAGUUCAAAAUAAAAAGGCACACACCACUCAGCAAGUUAAUGAAAGCUUACUGCGACAGACAGGGCCUAUCAAUGCGACAGAUAAGGUUCAGGUUUGAUGGACAACCUAUCAAUGAAACAGACACACCUGCACAGCUGGAGAUGGAAGAUGAAGAUACCAUUGAUGUGUUCCAACAACAGACAGGUGGUGUUUGCUAAACAGCCGAACAAGCUCAAUCUCCAGUAUGGCAGGAGCUCAAAUUCCCUCCAUAUGCCUCAUUUUUCACCUAUAUGCCCCUUGGAUUUGCUGUUAAAUAGUAACAUGGAACAAACAUGCUGAUCACACGACACUUCUGAAAACGUUUGCGAACUUUCCCAUGGAUGAAAUUCAAUCAGAAAUGCAGUUUUCUUUUCCAGCUGAACGUGCCAGACGUUGUAUAGAGGGUCAAUCUGAAGCAUUGUCUUUCACUGCUGAAAGUUUUCAGGCUUUUUUUUUGUGCAGUACUGUUUGUUUACAGCAGUUCUCUUUAGUUUCCCCCCCUCUGUUUCUUCAGAUGUAAAUAAUUGGAUCCUUGCUUGAGUAAUUUUUGAGCCAGUUCCAUGCCAGAGUGUGUUUUGCAUAUUCUGUGACAUGCAAAAAGUUAAUGCUUGCCCACACAGGCGACUGAAAGAUGUAAAAAAAAAAUUGUUUUACCAAUAAUCACAGAUUGGAGGGAGGGGAUGUGCUUUUAUUUGCUAAACUAUAUGGUUCACUUGAAAAUUAUAAAAAGAAUGCAAGGGUUGUGUAUAAAGAUGUGUGUACCCAGGUACUGAAAAAAAUUUUUUAAAAAAAACUUUCAAAAGAGGCAAGACUUUGGGUUGCCAUAUUCCACUGCUGAAUAGGAUUUAGAGAAUGAAACACAAGUCUGCUCUGAUUGGUUGGCCUAACUGUUUUUACCCAAUUCUCUAAUGUGUCGCAUAAAUCAUAAUGCUAGUGAUUCUGUUUCUGCUUUUUUAUAUGUUAAUAGCAACAGAGGUUUUGCCGCUCUGCAAAUAAAACUAUGUGUGAAUGCAUUUCACCACUUCAAUUAGUCAAUGGCUCACUCUGCUCCUGCUCUUUAUAAAAUCCAUUGCACAGGAAAACGUUUCAGUUGCACAUUUAAAAAUAAAUAACCGAGGGCAUGGGCCUUUUUAGCGGUGAGACAUUUGAUAGGAAUUUUUGGUGAUCUGGCUGUAGUGUGCGAAUUAUGGGUGUGCCCAAAAACUGUUUUAAAGUCUCCACAUUCCCUUCAAGAAUCCUUAUUGAAGUUGUAGCUUAUAUAUCUGAGCGUGCUGUUCCUAGCCGUGUUCAGUAGCAAAAGAGUUUCUUAAGUACUGCAAGUUAGUUUUAUGUUCUUCAGGUUUCCCUUUGUGCUAGUUUUACAAUGCCAGCCAAAGAUACAUAUACAAAAUACCCCUCCCUCAAUCACUAAUAUUCUGAUUUGAUGCUCAGUUGUCUAUAGUGUGGUCCCAUUUUUUUUUUUUUUUAAAUUGUACUUUCUGGAUAAAUGUAUUCUUUCAACAAAAUAAAGAAAAGUCAGAAUUUCUGUUUACUUUUGCAGAAGAUUUGUACUGUAUUUAUGAUUACAGAUGUUUGUUCAACUCUAAGCAUUACACAGUUGCAAUAAACCCUUAGAAGCCUC